AUGAAAAAUAUUUUGUUUAAAUAUUUAUUAUUUUUACUAAUAUAUUUAUUUAAUGUUGAAUCUUCAAAAAUUUUAGUUUUUAGUCCAACUAUAAGUCGAAGUCAUAUGAUUUCCAAUGCCCGAAUAGCUGAUACUUUAGCUAGUGAUGGACAUAAUGUUACACUUUUAGAAGUUGGAUUUAUUGUACCAGUGGGAGCUUUAAAUGCUUCAAAAAUUGCAAAUACAAUAUUAGUGCCGGGUCAAUUUAUAGAUCCAAAAGAAUUUGAUCCAGCGAUAUUAGCUGAAAUUUCAUUUAAGAAUGUUGAUUUAACUAUGAAUUUUAUAGGUGCUUCAAUUUUUCAAACAACUCAUAAUAAUGCCUGUGAAAGUAAGUGA